AAAUUUAAUUACUUAAGAUAUACGUAUCAUUAUGGCAUAUCACGAAAGAAAAAACAAGAAAAAAAACGUUUGAAGAAACAUGAGAUCCUUGUUGGAAAAGGAUUUUGUUUUCUCCAAUAUAUAUUAGGAAUUGGUUUAAUGAUGCCGACCCUCGGUAUUCUUAUAAAUACAUACACUUAUAACCCUCGAAGAGAGCAUCCCAAUUACAAAAUCACAAAUUGCUCAAAAUCAAAAGCACGUACGAAGAAGAGAAAAGAUGUCGCUGUCUUUUUCACAAACGAAGUUACUGGUAAUCCUUGUGGCCUUUGCAUGCGUCUUCUCAACAGGCUCAGAGGCAUGGAGCUGGAGUUGGAGCUCCGGUUCAGGCUCAGGCUCGGGUUGGGAAUCCCACGGCUCAGACGGAUCAGCCUCAGGUUCGGGUACAAACCCUGAUGGUUCGCACUGGAGUUGGAAGUGGAACACACGGUCAGGCUGGAGAUGGAGGUCAGACUCAAACCAUACGAAGCCAGGCUCAUCGAACCAUAACGUUACGAAGCCUGAAGGCUCAUCAAAUCAUAACGUUACGAAGCCAGGCUCAUCGAACCAUAACGUUACGAAGCCUGAAGGCUCAUCAAAUCAUAACGUUACUAAGCCAGGCUCAUCGAACCAUAACGUUACGAAGCCUGAAGGCUCAUCAAAUCAUAACGUUACUAAGCCAGGCUCAUCGAACCAUAACGUUACGAAGCCAGGCUCAUCGAACCACAACCAUAACGUUACAAUGCCAGGCUCAUCGCACCAUAACCAUAAUGAAACGAAGCCAGGCUCAUCAAAACAUAACGAUUCGAGGUCAGGCUCAGACGAUAACGAUUCAAGCAACCCGGUCUUUGCAACACCAAGAGAGGUCGUAGUGGGAGGAUCACGUGGAUGGAACUACGGGGUGGAUCUUGAAGAAUGGGCUUCCAAGACUACUUUCCAUGUCGGCGAUGUUCUUGUUUUCGAGUACAACAAUAUGACAAACCAAAGACAUGACGUGUACUUGCAAACAAAUCUGUGGAGUUACAGGACCUGCAACUUCGAAAGUAGAAAUAAGAUUGCUUCAUCGGAGGAGAAUGGAUCUAAAGAGAGCUUCAAAUUUACGCUAGCAAUGUCACAGCCUUACUCUUUUGCAUGCGGAGAGAAUAAUGGCUAUUAUUGCCGUACCUAUAACAUGAAGUUCAGCGUUCUCCCAGUCGCCUGAGUCCUCUCGUCUAUCCGACUCAACCCUUUUGCCUCUUUUGCUUUUUCUUUUCUUAAUGCAAUAUUAUUAGAGUUUCUAUUUUUUAUUAGUUACGGUUUUCUUAUUACAUAAAGAUUUUGAAGAGUUAAUAACUAGAUGACUUCCCAUUUAAAUAUUACUUGCUGUAAGUAAGUUUUGUACAUAAUUAAAAUUUAUAAAAAUUUCGAUUAAUCACAUUUGUUGAUAAAAACACUCAACAAUAUAAGAUUAAUUUCAGGCCAUUUUUAAAUGUAUGUGAUGUUCAACUUUAUACUUUAGCUUUAUUUAUUUUAAAUGACUAACCUUAACCAAAUGAUGUAGUUUUAUUUUUAAAGUUAAAGCCUAGCUACAUCUUCUACAACUUUUUUUGUCCAUGUUUUUCUUUCUUUUUCAAAACAACAAUUAAAGUGAUUUAAAAGUUGUAAUAUUUUUUACAGCAAAACAACAUAGAAAUACAAGAGAAAAAAAACA